CCCUAAAAGUAUAAUUCAGACAGAUCGACAGCUUUGUCACUUUAGAGCGUUUUCCAUAAAUGGUAGAAUUUGCUGAAAUUUGAUACUUUAUUAGUAUAUGUAGAUUCAAAUUAAACAUAUGAUCUGUCAGAAAUAUUUGCAACAACAUGCUCCAGCGCAUUUUACCACUGAUGUGGUUCUAUUGCAAAAAAAUAACAAACAGUACAGAUGAAUACAGAUGCAUAUCUAGCGAAGACAAUGAAAACUUGGCUGAUGUUUCUCUUUGCAAACUGGAUCCCAACCGACAUCAGGUUUUUGCUGCUGCUUAUGGGGAGGAGUACUAUACCUUAACAAACAGGAGAGAAACAAAAAGAAUGUCUCGAGAAAAUAUGGAGGAUAUACUUCUCAACAUUCCUACAGCCAAGACAGCUGUUCUUUCAAACUAUUUGCAAUACAUAACUUAUAUCCUCUUACAUCUAAACAGAAUACUAGCAUUUAACAACUUCUCAACUGUUGAAAGUUGCUUUCAUCUAUACCAGGGAGUUCAAAGGGCCAGACAAGAAAUGGCCAAUGUCCUCAUUAAUG